AUAAAGUGGGCGUCCAGGUUCACUCCGUGUCUGCCUGCUUGAAGCUGUAGAGCAGAGCUGAGAAGGUUCGGUGUCAGAUUGGAGUUGAGUCAUGGGAAGGAUCGACCCAAGUUAAAACACAAUCCCCACCUGAACACCAAGUCGUCGUCGUUGCCCUGCGCCCCUAUAAAUCUCUUCUUCGUCUUCAUCGUCUCCAUAUCAGACCAUCCUACAGGCCUCUCUCUCUCCCUUGCUGUCUCACACACACAUUCCAAAGGGAAACAUACGCUCCAAAAAUCCACACCACCGAUCAGGAGUUGAAGAAAUCGUUGCCAACAUGGUCGGCGCCGGAACCAACACCGCCAUGGGUCCCCGGAAGCCGCGGGUGGUGCUCUACCCGUCGCCGGGCAUGGGGCAUCUGGUCUCCAUGAUCGAGCUCGGCAAGCUCUUCGCGGCUCGUGGACUGGCCGUCACCGUCGCCCUCGUCGACUCGCCGCACGACACCAGCGCCACGGGUCCUUUCCUCGCCGGCGUCUCCGCGGCCAACCCCUCCAUCUCUUUCCACCGUCUACCACAAGUCAAGCUCCUCGGGUCUGAGCCGCCGGAGAUGCUAACCUUCGAGGUUGUCCGCCUCUCCAACACGCACCUCCGUGAGUUCCUCGCCGGCGACACCCCGGCCGUCAUCGUGCUGGACUUCUUCUGCAGCGUCGCCAUCGACGUGGCCACGGAGCUCGGCAUCCCCGCCUACUUCUUCUGCACCUCUGGAGCCCAGAUCCUGGCUUUCUUCUUGCACCUCGCGGUUCUGCACGGCAAGAGCACGAGGAGCUUCGGGGAAAUGGGCCAGGAACUUGUGCACUCUCCGGGAAUCACCUCGUUCCCGGCGACGCACGUCAUUCAGCGGCUUAUGGAUCGUGACAGCGCGCCCUACAAAGCAUUUCUAAACAUGAGCACCAACCUGUUCCGGUCCCAGGGGAUCAUCGUCAAUACCUUCCGCUUGCUGGAGCCGCGUGCCAUGGACACCAUCGUUGCCGGACUCUGUGCACCGUCCGGACUCCGGACGCCCCCGGUCUACUGUAUUGGGCCACUGAUCAAGUCGGAGGAGGUGGAUGUGAAGCGCGGUGACGAGAGUCUCGCGUGGCUGGACACGCAGCCCAAGGGCAGCGUGGUCUUCCUCUCCUUUGGCAGCCUUGGCCGGUUCAGCGCCAAGCAGACGAGGAAGGUGGCCGCCGGGUUGGAAGCCAGUGGACAGAGGUUCCUGUGGGUGGUGCGGAGCCCGCCAAGCGCCUACUCGUCGAAGAACUCCGAGAAGCCGCCUGAGCCGGACUUGGAUGCUCUCCUCCCGCAGGGUUUCCUUGAAAGGACCCGGGGCAGGGGCCUCGUCGUGAAGUCAUGGGCGCCGCAACGCGACGUGCUGGCACACGAUGCGGUUGGUUGUUUUGUGACAGACUGUGGGUGAAACUCAGUGCUCGAAUCGGUCAUGGCAGGCGUGCCGAUGUUAGCGUGGUCGUUGUACGCGGAGCAACUAAUGAACGCGGUGUUCCUAGAGAAAGAGAUGGAGCUGGCCGUCACGAUGGAAGGAUAUGACAAGGAGGUGGUAGAGGCUGAGGAGGUUGCUAAGAAGGUCAGGUGGAUGAUGGACUCCGACGAUGGGAGGGUCCUCCGAGAGCGGACUUUGGUGGUGAUGAGGCAGGCGAAAGAGGCUCUACUCAAGGGUGGGGAAUCAGAGACGACGUUGACGGGGCUGGUGGACGCGUGGAUUCGUGCUUGACGUUUUGAAUUGACCGUGAGUAUAAUCGUGUAAGCAGUGAGCGUGAAGUCGACGUGUGAUUUUAGUUCCAUCAUUUUUCCUUUGACUUGUGGUUUCAUUCUUUAUGAACAUGUACUUCCUAUAGACAGUAUAUAGAAAAAAAAUCCAUAUGAGACAAUCAAAA